CCCCCCCCGCGUGACCACACACACAACACCUUAGAGAAGCGGAGAAGGAGGGAAGAGAAUGGGAAGUGCAGCCGCGCAAAUUCCGACGAGCUUUGGACAUGAGCUCAGAGCCUGUCUUCGUUGCCGCCUUGUCAAAACUUAUGAUCAGUUCAGAGAGUCGGGAUGCGAGAAUUGUUCCUUUUUUAAGAUGGACGAGGAUCAUGAGCGUGUAGUUGAUUGCACAACUCCUAACUUUACUGGGAUUAUUUCUGUCAUGGAUCCGAGUAGAAGCUGGGCUGCUCGCUGGUUGAGAAUCGGAAGAUUUGUACCUGGUUGUUACACACUUGCUGUUUCAGAGGCACUUCCAGAGGACUUACAGAAUUUAUGUGAAGAUGAGCGUGUGCCCUACAUUCCUCCCAAACGUGUGUAAAUGAAUUGGUGAAGUUAUCCUGCCUAUCACUUUGUAACGUCUCAAACGAUGAAGAAUUUGCGUAGCUAGAUCCAUGAGACUCCUUAGCACAAGUAUCGUACGGCUUUAUUAUCUACUCAUGCAGUGUACCAACUAUGUAUAAAAAAGAGGUGGUGUACUGAAGCCAUCAUUUUACUCUUUCA